AUGCUUAAACCAAAAAUGUUAGAAAAUCAAUAAGAUUUUCAUUGUCAGAACAAACAUGACUCACCAAUUCAUCUGAUUGUAAUUGAUCCAAAUUUAGAUAAGAAACAGAGACUAUUAUGCAGUGAAUGCAUGGAAAACUUUAAAUCAGAGGAUGAGACGAUGGAAUUUAAAAAAGUAAUAAAGAUUAUUGAGGACAUUAUUGAGAAAAAAGCGAGAAGCUUUGAGAAUAUUUAUUAAUUAACAGUUUAAUAACUAUAAACUUGUGUAAAAAGCGUAUAAGAAUUAAAGACAUAAUUCAUGGAAUUAUUUGAUUCUCUAAUUAGAAUUACUGAAGAUUGGAGUCAAAAUUUAUUAGAAUAAGUAUAAAAAUGCAAUCAAUACAGCUUCUAUGAUGAAUUAAAAAUACUAAUUGUGUUUCUAAUAUAUAAAUUAUUAAUAAUAUUAAUAGAUCCUGGAUGACUAAAAUAUAUAAUAGCUUAAAUUAAUAUCUCUAAGAUAAAGAUUAAGUUUAAUUUAAGGAGAUAAAAUCACAAUUUAUUAAAAUCAGUUGUUCUAAUUUCUCAUAAUAAGGUGAAAUAGAUUAUUAAAUAAAACAAAAUAAAUCUAUCUUACAUUUUAACAAAGGUAAUAUCAAUUUCAAGUGAAUUGAUUAAUCGGUUAAAUAAAGCUUGGCAGCAUGUAAUGCAAUAGUUUUUGAUUCUUCAGGGUCAAUUAUGGUAUCAACCUAAGAAAUUGAUAUUAAAAUAUGGAAGUCUAUAAAUGGAAAACUAGAAUUAAUAAAAAUAUUGAAAGGAUAUUCUGAUUAGAUAUAAUGUUUAGUUUACAGUAAAAAAUAGAACUCUUUUAUUUCAGGAGCAUAGGACAAGACACUAAGAUUAUGGAAAUAAUUAGAUUCAUCUGAUUAGAUUAGUUCACAACCUUAUUAAUAACACAAAGAUUUUGUUUGUGUAUUAUAUU